CGCGGUCACGUUGCUCGGCCGCGCCGGGCGUAGUUAAAUAGCGGAUGUGUGCCGCGGACCGGCAGAUCACACCGGCGCAACGCCACCGGCCACAUUGACAAGAGUUCAGCAAAAAUACACGCAAACGGAAGAGUCUCCGGCUCCAACAACCGCCAUCUCCUCCUCCUCCUCCACGCUCCGUUCUCCUCCCCGCCGGGAUCCAAGCGACUCGGCUCCGGCGUGCUGAAGGGAUGCCCAGAGAACUGACCCAGAACCGGACCCAGAAGAUCUGGGUGCCCGCCAAGGAUGACAAGCCGGCCCCCCGCAGAGCGGCUGGCGGCCCACACUUCGCCAACCCCCCCACCGUCAUCGUGAUGGUUGGUCUUCCGGCCCGAGGCAAGACGUACAUGUCCAAGAAACUCACCCGCUACCUCAACUGGAUCGGCAUGCCCACCAAAGUCUUUAACGUUGGGGAGUACCGGAGGGAGGCGGUCAAGAACUACAGCUCUUAUGACUUCUUCAAGCCGGAUAACGAGUGCGCCUUUAAGAUCAGGCAACAAUGUGCCUUGGCAGCUUUGCGGGAUGUCAAGUCUUAUUUAAAAGACGAGGGAGGCCAAGUAGCAGUCUUCGACGCCACGAACACAACAAGAGAAAGGCGAGACAUGAUCCUCCAGUUUGGCAGCGAGAACGACUUCAAGAUAUUUUUCAUCGAGUCCGUGUGCAACGAUCCCGGCGUCAUUGCAUCGAACAUUAUGGAAGUGAAGGUGUCGUGCCCGGACUACCGGGACUGCAACACGACAGACGCUGUGUUGGAUUUCCAGAGGAGAAUCGAUUGCUACAAAACCAGCUAUCAACCUCUGGACCCUGAUCAGUACGACAGGGAUCUCUCGUUCAUCCAGGUGAUCGACGUGGGUCGGCGUUUCCUCGUGAACCAAAUCCUGGAUCACAUCCAGAGUAAGAUCGUCUACUACCUGAUGAACAUCCACGUCCAGCCGCGCACCAUCUACCUGUGCCGGCACGGCGAGAGCACCGACAACCUGGAGGGGCGGCUGGGCGGGGACGCAGGCCUCUCGCCGCGGGGCAGGCAGUUUUCAUCCGCCCUCGCUGGGUUUGUGGAGGAGCAGAAGCCCACCGACCUGAAGGUGUGGACCAGCCAGCUGUGUUGCAGCAUCCAGACCGCGGAGCACCUGCGCGUCCCGUACGAACAGUGGAAGGCUCUCAACGAGAUAGACGCUGGAAUGUGUGAAGAGAUGACUUACGACGAGAUAAAGGAGAAAUUCCCGGAGGAGUUUGCUUUGAGAGAUGAAGACAAAUACUACUAUCGCUACCCUGCUGGGGAGUCCUACCAGGACCUGGUCCAGCGGGUGGAGCCGGUCAUCAUGGACCUGGAGAGGCAAGCGAACGUCCUGGUCAUCUGCCACCAGGCCGUCAUGCGCUGCCUGCUGGCCUACUUCCUGGAUAAGAGUGCAGAGGAGAUGCCCUACCUGAAGUGUCCCCUCCACACUGUGCUGAAGCUCACCCCGGUCGCCUACGGGUGCAAGGUGGAGUCCAUCUCUCUGAAUGUGGAGGCGGUGAACACUCACAGAGACCGGCCAGAGGAGCUGAGGAAGGGUCCCGGCAGCUUGCUCAGGCGAAACAGUGUAACCCCUCUGACCAGCCCCGAGUCGAACAUCAAGAAACCUCGCAUCGACGACCUCGACGAGGCGCCGAUCCAGGAGCUGCCGCCGUCCGUGGCCUCGCUGGCGCUCUGCAGCCCCUCCCACCUCCCUCUGGCUCUGACUGGACAGCGCUGGCUGGGCCAAGUCUGCCUAACAUGAGGAGGAACUCCUCAGGCCUCCGGGACGUCCUGCAGCCCUGCCUAUAGACUUCAAUGAUGGGAUCGCACACCUGACAAAAGGCUCUGUGAACACGACGCAACCAGGAACAGUUAAAUCAGAUAUUUUUCUUUCUUUUGUAUAAUUUCUCGUUUUAUCACGCAAGUAAACGCAGUCUUUAUUAUUCAAGAAGGGUAAUGAUUAUUUUAUUGCUCUCGAGUUGAUGUUUCUGUUCAGAGACGUUUCAUUAAGAAUCAGACAAUUCGUUUUUUGUUUUUUUUUCACUUUCAAAUAGUAUUCGUUUUGUGGGAAAACUUUAACGUCCCUUUUUUUUUAAUGAGGUAUUCAGACUGAAGGACGAGAACUGUGAUAAUAAGUCGACAGUCCGUGAUUUAAUCCCUUAUUUGACACUAUACAAAUGUGAUUAUUUUGCACAAUGAGAAUACAUUUGUAUUUUUGUCAUGUCUCUGGGAUGGAAGUGAUUUUUGCCGUAGAGUGCCUGUAGUGCUUGUUUUGCAAGCCUGACGCCGCUUCUCUUGCCAUUUCUCUGGAAUCGAUUGCUGGAGAAGGGCCAACACAUUUCCCCUAAUAACUACAGCUAUCACUUUUUUUUUUUUUUUUAGCCUGGAUAUUUAUUUUUCAGUCUGUAAUCUUGACACUACAGUGCAUCCCAAUCAUUUGACAGUUGUUCAUAACCUCUUCUACGCUGCCAUGCUGCACAGAUGUAAGCACAUAUAUUUUUGUUAUUACUGCGUGCCGUUGAUAAUAUCUUUGUGUGUGUGUGUACAUACAAUAUAACUGCAUAGGAGAUGACUUCCCUUGUAGAAGUAUUUUUGUACUAAUGAAAGGCCCGAUCUUUAGAGAACGAAGCUGCUCACUUCUCUCGGUAGAACAUUUUCUGCUCAAGAUAUUUGAAAAUUUUGUUUUUUGUAAAAACUGUUUUAUCAUAUUUAUUUCUGUGUAUGUAGUUUUGGAUGUUUGGAGUGAAAGGAACCUUGUUUUGAUCGAAGGACUAUGCAUGAGUGGACAGUAUGGUAAUUUUUGCAUCUGCUGGACCAAUAAAAUGUCAAAUGAA